UGGCACAGCUGCCACCAGCACUACCACAGCAUGGCGGAGUUCAGCCACUACGACCUGCUGGAUGUCACCUCGGGCCGCCGGGUGGCCGAGGGACACAAGGCCAGCUUCUGCCUGGAGGACACCACCUGCGACUUCGGCCACCUCAAGCGCUACGCCUGCACCGCCCACACCCAGGGGCUCUCCCCGGGCUGUUACGACACCUACAACGCCGACAUCGACUGCCAGUGGAUCGACAUCACCGACGUCCCCCCGGGCAACUAUGUCCUCAAGACAUUGGAGUUUUAA